GUUUUGCACAAUCCCGUGGAUUCUCUCUCACUCUCUCUCUGUCUCUCUCUCCCUCCCCACAACGCUAGCUAAGGGGAAAUUGCAAAACCAUGGGCAUUAGGUAGUUUUUUGUGCUGUCUGUCAGCUAUGAGAAAACCAAGAACUCCCCAACACCUAAAACCAGCUGCCUUUAAGAUGAAUAUAAAAACCAGCAGCUUUAUCAUCCCAAUUCACUGUAUAAACUCCCCACAAUUUCCUUUCUGCCCACCCUACGCCCUUCACAUUUCGAUCAAAAUACAGUUUUCCCUUUUUCUUUUUUGGGUUUUCCUAUUGCUAUUCUUGUCUGUUUGUUUUUUUGCUUCAAAGAGUUUCACCUUUUUGUUGCAUUCUUCUGCAUGUGGAUCAAAGGUUGACAGCUUCUGGUUUUCAAUCAAGAAUCUUUCUAACGCCCUGCUGAUUGCGCCGCUUCUUUUCUCUUUUUCCUGAUAGCAUCUUGCGAUAAUUUUCUUGUCUUGGGAAGAAUUCAAGAUUGUCUUGUUGCUUGAAAUUUUGAGGUUGUAUGGAGCCUAAUGGGAUUUAUCCUAGUAUGCAACCUGGGAUGUUGGGGCUGGAAAUGUCACUCCGCCACCCCGUACCAGCACAGAACCCACAAAACUCUCAGCACAUACAACAGCAGCAGCAGCAAAACUCACCACAUCCCGUGGUGGGCUAUGGCCGUCAUGACGGUGAUUGUUAUCCACAAACCCAGCAACAAGGCUACCCUUUUGCUGCAAAGUCCAAGAACCAGAGUCUGACACUAAGUGAUGAUGAUGAGCCUGGGGUUACUGCUGAGACCAGUGCUGAUGAUGGGAAGAGGAAAAUGUCUCCAUGGCAGAGAAUGAAAUGGACUGACAAUAUGAUAAGGUUGUUGAUCAUGGUGGUGUACUAUGUUGGUGAUGAGGUUGUGUCUGAAGGGAAUGAUCCUGCCAGCAAAAAGAAAGGUGGUGGUGGGGCUUUGCAGAAGAAGGGGAAGUGGAAAUCGGUGUCUAAGGUUAUGACAGAGAAGGGAUUUAAUGUGUCUCCACAGCAGUGUGAGGACAAAUUCAAUGAUUUAAACAAGAGGUAUAAGAGGGUUAAUGACAUUCUUGGAAAGGGAACUGCGUGCCGUGUGGUGGAGAACCCGAGCCUGCUGGAUACAAUGGAUCAUUUGUCACCAAAGAUGAAGGAAGAAGUGAGGAAAUUGCUCAAUUCCAAGCACUUGUUUUUCAGGGAAAUGUGUGCUUAUCACAAUAGUUGUGGUCAUGGUAGUGGUGCUAGUGUGAGUGGAGUUGGCGGAGUUGACCAUUCGCCACCGGAAGCUGCAGCAGAGCCGUCUCAAUCUCAGCUGCAAUCGCGGCAGCAGAGGUGUUUACACUCAACCGGAAACGCCCCAUUUCCCACAAACUUAAAUGGAGGGGAGAAUGAGGCAUCUAAAUUGGCAAAGAUGAUGAGCGAUGAGGAUGAUGAGGAUGAAGAUGAUGAUGAGGAGGAGGAUGAGAGUGGAGUAGGAUCAGAAAGUCACGAAACUGACGAAAGAUCAUUGAGGAAGAGAAAGGGCACGAGCCAUUCGCCGUUAAUCCAACAAUUGGAUGCUGAACUAGUGAACAUGUUGCAGGAUAGAAGAAAGAGCUCCUUUGAGAAGAGGCAGUGGAUGAAAACCAAACUGACGCAAUUGGAUGAGGACCGUGUCGGCAUCCAGUAUCAAGGCCUUGAGCUUGAAAAACAGCGGCUGAAGUGGUUAAAAUUCAGCACCAAGAAGGAGAGGGAAAUGGAGAGGGAGAAGCUCAUGAACGAAAGACUGAAGUUGGAAAACGAGAGAAUGGUUCUCCUCAUCCGCCAACAAGAGCUUGAUUUGCUCGGCCAUGAUCAUCAACAAUAGCAGCAACAACAUUCCUCCAACAAGAAGAGUGAUCAUCUCCCAUUUCUGGGAUUAUACAAUAGAUUAGUCCAGACAAGAAUAGGAUGUUUGUUCCUCGUUCUUGCAAAUUUUGCUUAAAGGAUCUAGUGUUCUAAAGUUAAUUGCAAGAGAUUUAGCUGAUGUAUUAAGCUUGUGUCUUGUUCA